GGGGAGGUAAUCAAUCAAUCAACCUCAUUAGCAUCCAGUUCAGUAGCAAUUCGCUACGUGACCCUGCAAGGCUUAAUUGAUUAGAAGAACAACUUUAUUGGUUUUGACUGCCACCAUGGAUGAAGACUGUGAUUUAGCUGAAGAUUUCGACUGUCCAAGCCUUCUGUGCGAGGAGCUGGAGGAUUUGGAAACAAAGAAGGACCAAGGGAGUACGAGGAAGAGGAGGAGAGAAGAAGAAGAGGGAGAAGUGUUUAAUAAGGGGGAGGAUGAAGAGGCAGGUGAGGAGACGGAGCUAGAGGAGAAGGAGGGGAAGAGAGAUAGGAAAGUUUUUGUGUCCGAAAAGGAACUGAUGACUGCAACAGAGGGAGAAGAGGAGGAGCAGGUGAAGCCGGAGAGUGGGCCGGGAGUGGAGGAGGCACAAGAGGUGCAAAUGGAAGACAACACGAUAGAGAACAAUGUGGACACAAUUGCUGAGAAGCAGGAGGACAAAGAAACAAAAGGUCUAAAAGAAAAAGAUGAAAAGAAAAAGAGUAAGAAGAGGAGAGGUAAGGCUCAGAGUGAGCGUGUGAGAAACAGGAGAAAUUUAAAAGAUGUUGCAGAGCGCUUUGAAGGGGAAAAGAGGGGUCAGUUACAGGACGUGUCAGCAACGAGCUCUGAGGGGAGUCUAGUUCUGUCAGAGCCUCCCAUUGGACUAAUAAACACCUGCGACCUGUCUGAUCCUGUUUAUCUGGGCUGUGGGGGGACUGGAUUGUAUCGCCAAACAGUACCUGUUCCCCUGCUGUACUCCUCACAAGCUCCUGUCCCGAUCCAGCCUGCACCUCCUCACCCCCUCGAGACAAAAAGACCACACAGUUCCCCUCUACCUUGCAGUCUCCCCCAGCAGGGCCGGUGGCCUCCAGAGAUGGAUAUCUCACAGAUCUACUCCACCCGACGCUCCAUCCGCUACAACAACAAGGGUCGAGGUCGAGCCCUCAGCUUCCCUCUGCAGCAGGGGUUGGAGACAGUGGACACCUGUGUGCUGCCCCCAGCCCCCAAAAAGAAGACACGAACUCUCUAUAGUACAGAUCAGUUAGAGCAUUUAGAGGCCUUGUUCCAGGAGGACCACUAUCCUGAUGCAGAGAAGAGAAAGGUCAUCGCUGCUUCAGUUGGUGUCACACCUCAAAGAAUAAUGGUCUGGUUUCAGAACCGCAGGGCUAAGUGGAGAAAGGCUGAACGCUCCAUCACAUCAAAGGGUGAACACAGACAGAGUAGAGCUAGUUGCAGCAGCAGCCCCCCACAUCACCACAUUUCCACACUGGCACCCAGCAGUAAGGUAGCUCCGUCUUUUUCUGGUCACUUUACUACCAAGCUGCCUCCCCUCGCCUCUGCAGCCCCUUCGUUCCCCACCUUGUCCAACCAGACGCCUCCUUCUUACAGCAACCUGCUGGCCACCCUCAGUAGCCCUGGUCAAUCCAGAGUGAGAGAUGGGGGCAAGCACCAGCUUUCAUCGCAGGGGGCAGAGUACCACCCACGUCCAAUGCACAGCCCUCCCCCGCUGCGUCGAGCUAGCCUCCCCCUUUUUACGACUUACAACCAGGCCAACCCCGCUGCCACUCUGCUUAACACCCUUGCCCACACCCCACCUCUGUUCCUGGAUGCUCUGGAGGGGGGCUCCUCCUUAGCCCAUCGUGACACCCAGUCUCUGCAGACUGACACCAGUUCUCUGUUUGACUUUGGGGAGAAGCUCGACUACCUGACCGCAGGCCAGCAGAACAAUGCUCUCUCCUACCAGCUCCAGACCUCCUACCCCACCAGCCAGCCCCAGCACCAACUUCAAGCAUCCCUGCCCCGCAUGGCCUAUCUCACCCCCUCCCCCUACCUCACCCCCAACCCUCCAGAUUCCAACCCUACCUCCUAUCUAACCUUUGCCCCAGGAGGAAACUCCACUGGCAUGGUGACCUAUUCCAGCGGAGGCCACACCUACUACCAGUCCCAGAGCACAGGACAAAUUCUGCUGCAGCCGGCGGGUCAUCACGGUGGGAUCGCUGCGUACCAGUCGUACCCAUGGGGUAAUAUGUACAGUCAACCAGCCCUCCACCAGCGUGCUCAGUGUCCUCCAACCUACCCCCCCAGCAUAGGAGGUACUCGUGAUCACCAGCCUCCCUCCUCCACACUUCCUCCCCCUUCAUUCUUUACCCAUGGGCCCUCACAUGCAAACCCCCAGCGCUCAUUACACUCCCUUGCACAUACCAUCAGCACCAGCACCAGCAGCUGCAGCACCAGCAGCAGCACCACCGUCCUCCCUCCUGUUUCCACCCUACGUCCAUCUCGUCUCAGAGCAGAGGUCACUCCAACUAAGGGUACGUCCCUGCUGUCUUCACAGGUCAGCCCUGCCUCUCCAGAAAGUCAGCCAGUGCCCUCUAGUGUCAAGAUUGAGUAUGACAGCCCUCGAGAGAUUCACAGCCACUUCCACUGCGACUUCUCUUCCCCCAUACAUUUUUGAAUUUGUGUGUUUUUGUAUCUGUGUGAAUAUGUCACGUGUUAACUCUAAGUGUUACUGCAUGUCCAUGUGAAUUACUAUUAUAGUUACUUACUUCAGAAACAUUAAUGUUAGCAAGCUUGGCGGGGCUGCAUUUAGUUUGGCUGCAAUAAAAGGCUCAUAGCUAUGUUAA